AAAUUACUUGGAAAUAGUCAAUAUAACUCUGCACCUAACUGUAGCACCGUCGCUGUUGCUGAAUCGUUGCGGCAGUAAUAAACGGAGCUGUACAGCAGAGCAGACCUACAACAUCCGGGCAAUAGUCAGCUUGCGCAGAAACGGAAUGGCGGAGGUGGGUGAAAAGCCCCUGAAGAUAAGUGUGGAGGUUGUGGCCUAGUGGAGAGUGGGGGAGGUACAGUGAUGAAGGCCCUCAGCAGGAGAAGCAGAAGUCUUAACAGGCCUUAGAGGAGUUGGAGGAGAACUUUCGCCCCAUGAAGAUGGCAGCGCAGUCCCACACUGCCAGUGAGCUUCCUUUGGAGGAGCUGCUGGCUCUGUACGGCUACACAGUGUCCAAUCCAGAGAAGGAGACCUGUCAAGUGGCUGCCAGUCUGCCAGAUAUGACACUGGACAAGGAUCAGAUAACUGAGGAUCUCUUUCCUGGGGAGGAGGAAGCAGAAUCAUCAGCUGAUGAUCUCACCCCCUCAGUCACCUCAAACACCUCAGAUCUGCUCCGCCGCUUCCGAGGUGGAGACAAAGACACAUUAGUCAGCUCAUCAGAUGAGGACUCCGAUGCUUCUAUUCCCUCCAAUGAAGAGCACAAGGAGAUCAUGGUUGGCUCUAUGUACCAGGCAAAAAUCCCUCCAUUUGGUCCAUAUACCUACCAGGAGAGAGCCUACAGCAGUGAGGACCAGUUGCUGUGGAGGCCAGGUGUUCUGCCGGUGCAGGAAGUGGAAGAGUUCUUGCUGUAUGCACAGAGACCACGUUGCCAGGAGGUGGCAGCAUGCACGCGAACACAAGGGGACACUGUCCGAGACAAUGAACAGGCACUGUAUGAGCUAGUGAAAUGCAACUUCAAUGCAGAAGAAGCACUGAGACGAUUACGCUUCAAUGUGAAAGUUUUUAGCGAAGAGCUGUGUGCCUGGAGUGAGGAGGAGUGCAGGAACUUUGAGCAUGGCUAUCGAGUUUACGGGAAAAACUUCCACCUCAUUCAGGCUAAUAAGGUACGAACGCGUUCAGUUGGGGAGUGUGUGGAGUAUUACUACAUGUGGAAGAAGUCUGAACGUCACGAGUACUUUACCCAGCAGGCCACCAGGCUCAGCCGCAAAAAGUACAGCUUGCAAUCAGGGAGCAUGGAGGAUGGAGACCAGGACGGGGAGGUUGGGGAGCUGGAGGGAAGCAACAAUUCUUCAGGCCUGUUGUCUCACAGCUCCAUGGGCACUGGGCAGCUGGAGUCCCCAUUACCUCCACAGUCGAGCCUGGACCUGGACAAACAAGAUGGUGAGCUGGUGAUGGGGCUGUCAGACUUGUGUGGUGACGGAUGUCCGCAGCAGCUGUUUGGCUGUCCCUUCUCUCUCCCCCCCAUGGACGACCUGCAGGAACCUAGCUCAGGCAGUUGUUGUCCCUCAGCUCCAGUUCAGCUCCAGUCCCAGCCCUCCCCCCAGAGCUCCCAGUGGGCCGGCGGGAGCCCUCCGUCCUGCCAUGACGACAAUCGCCUCCAAGGCUCCUGCUUCUACCAGCUACACAUGCUUGGUGGACCUUUCGUUUCUGAGGGCCCUGACGGUGGUACAGCAGGCGGCGGGACUGGCUCCCCCCAUGGGCUGCAGGUGGAAUUUAGUCUGUCUCCAUCUGCCUCACCUCCCUCAUCUGCUGUCCUCCCGUCACACUUCCAGACUUUUGGCAGCCUGCUACACCCCCUCCCGUCCAGCAUCCCCGCUCCCUCACACAGUGAAGGGGGGGGGACUGAGUGGUACUCUUCAUGGUUUGCCCUGUGUCAAGAUCUUUGAUCGGUGUUGGUAUUUACACAGGUCUCGAAGAAACCAGGACAAAAAGUGCAUUUACUUAACUUUGUGAAAACGUAUGGACCUACUACCUGUGUUUGGGCGAUUACUCGUCUGUCUGAACCCUCUUUUUAAACUGAGACACUUGAACCCUCUGUCCAUUGUGGAAUGAAGAGUGUUAAUCACUACUUUCAGGUGUUGAUUAUGUGUUUUAUUAACAGUUUCUUACCACAAGCUGCUCACUGAUUGGCUAUAAUUAAUACAUACUUGUCAAAGCACAGUGCAGUUGAUGAGAGCUGCUGUGACCUAGCAAACAAACCAGAUGCGUGUGGCUAAAACAAAUCAGUGACUGCCAAUGUUAACCACUGUUGCUUUGUUUUUUAUUUAUCAGUUUGACUGAAGCUCAGAUUUCUCCCGCCUUUUUCCAGGAAGAGCCAAUUGUGUGUUUCUUUACGUGUCUUUACAUAUUGCUCAACACUCGCUGCUGCAGCCACAGUGACACGGUUGCUAGAAGUCUGACCACAGAGUAAAAUCUGUCCCUUCCAACAAUAUAGAAUACAUUUAAACAUUAAGUCUGUGAUUGGCUCUCCCUUUUCAGUUCCUUUCAUGUUUUUCUCUAUUUCCUGCCUCCUCCACUCCUCCAGAAUUUUGUUUAUAUGUGAAGAGUUGAAACUAAAUAAGAUUUUCUAAGGUUGAGAUUCGCACAUGAUCGAAGGAAAAGCAGCGUAAUAUUUUUGCAAGUUUUAUUCUCAGUUGUGCUUUUGUGGAAGAUUUCAUCCUUGUUCUUUAUUUUGAAGAUUCACAUAGAGAUUUAUAAAGGUGCAUCGCUUAGUCAUCAUUUCUGAUCACCUUUUUAAUGUUUAAUAUUUGGUACCAUCAAGAGCCUGUUUGACAGGCAGAAUAGGCAUAAAAUAAAAUAUGUAAAUGUAAAAUGUACAUGUGAACAUAAGUAAGUCACUGAAUACAAACACAGUUUCUCAGGUUUUGCACCUUUGAUGAUCUCAGAGACCGUUAAUCAGUGAGAGUCAGUCAACAUUACUCUAAACAGGUGUCAUACAUACAGAUCAGAUAAAAGAGGGAGUGUUAUUAGAAGUUUUUUGGAUUAAGCUGCAGCUCAUUGGUGUAAGAGUGGAAAAAACAUAUGAAGUGACUAAUAUCGAGGUCUAAAGAUCAUCCUAACAUGGAAUUUAACAGUUCUGGCACCUUCUCCUUGCUCUUUACAUCCGCGUAACGUCCAAUCAGUGAACAUGUAUGAACAAAGGUACAACUGUGAUAUUUUUAGUGUCAGAGUGCGAUUGAUCCAAACUGAGUUGUGGAUUAAACAAAUCUCUCUUUUUUUCCUCUGAAAUGUUUCCUUCACUGACCUCUGCCAGACAUAAUGAAAUAUACUGAAAAAUGUCACAUAUGUAUAGCCAUUUACAUUUUUAAUAAUAAUAUAUUUAUAGUGCAAAUUGCUUAUUAACAACUGCACAACAGAUUCUCAACCUUUUCUGACCAGUUUCCCAAAGUCCUCAUGGCCCUGUUAAUCAGAGAUGUAAAACUUGUUGAAUUUUGAGAAUAACAAACUUGGUGUAUGUUUAUUAUCUCAUGUCUUUUCUGAAGCACAGAGGGAGCUCCACAUUAAUUAGUACAGAUAAAAUUCUAUUGUUUACAUCUACAGUUUCAUAUUUGAAAACAAUCUGCCAGUUCAAGGUUGAGAAAAUACAGAAAGUUACAGUAAAAAUGAUUUGAUUAUUUUUAACAUUAUGUAACACAAAAUAAAUGGAUGAGCUUUAAGAUGCAUCUUAAAAGGAACAAUUUAUUACAUUACAUUACAAUUUUAGUCAUUUCAUUAAUUCAUGUAUUGAUUUGUGUAUGCAUUCGUACAUAUGUGGUAUUUUCUUGUGAAUGUCGGUGUAUUUUGGUCACGCUGUCUGAAGAAGUAAAGGAAAAGUUACAAGGAAGGAGAGGAACCCAAUGUCCUUCCUUCCAUCUGUCUUUCUGUUUAUUCCUUGUUGUUGUUCGUAAAUGUGGGAGCUCUUCCUGUUAAAAGCCAAGCCGGUUUCCGAUCAAUGUUUGUUUUGUCUUUGUUUACAUGAGGGUGGUUCAGGAUGAGACCAUGAAGGCAGGAAAAAGGCGCAGAGUCACUGCCUUUGGUUAAUUCUUUAUUUUCACUUUUAUUUCUAGCAAUUUAUAUAUUGUACUGCUUCUGUUAUGUUUGUUUAUAAUUAUUAUAUUUUGGAAAAAAAAAAAAAGAUUAAAAUGAACAUCGGUGAAAUAUUAAAA